UAUUUGAAAUGCAGCAGUUGACAUCAAGGGCAUCACAGAAGUCCUCUGAACGAACUUUGCAUUCUCCUUCAGUUUCACAACGACAGCGUAUCGAUCCAUCCGAACUUGCACCCGAUAAACUACAUGUUGAGCUAGAAAUGUCUCCCGAUUCACAAAUCAUUCUGUAUGGACCACUUCUUAAGGCGCUGUUAUCUAUCAAGGAAAAUUACUUUGGCGAAGAUGAUAUGUACACUGAUUUUGAAGAAGUGGCCACAAGCCCAGUGCUGUCAUUGUCAACAUCCUCUAGUUCUGGAUGGGCAGCAGUUGGAGUUGAAGAAAGUGAGAAGAUAGAAGCUGAGAGUGGAGGCAAGCAAAUUCAUCCACUUACACUCCGCCCAUGGGACAUCUCUGUUCUCAUUAAUUUGUACAAAGUGCAUGGAAAACUUCCAGUG